UAUACGACAAAUGUGCUAUAGAUAAAAUAAACAUAACCAAAUAAUUCCGUUUGUGCGGUUUAAUUAGUGUUUUUAGACCACCUCCAGUCACAUGAUGCACGUCGCGAAUGACUUCACGCUCUGUCAUGGCUGCAUGAGACAUAAACAUGCCAGUGAUUCUCUAAUUCAGAGCAUUAAACUAGUGCGAUGAUUGAAGCAGCGGCCAUAACAAAUCAUUUUGACUUGAGGUCCGCUAUAUGAAUUCGGCUGGUCGGUGUUUUUAGAGCUGCAGGUGAAGUGAUAGCUGUCUUGUAGAUCAUAGGAAGGAUCCGAUCAUGCAGACUGAAGCCGUACUGGACCAUCACGGCGGCUCACAGAGUUCCUGCAGGACGGGCUCCAAAUCCUGGCAGUACAGUGAUUUGAUGGAAAAGGUGGAUGGCUAUUUAAUGAAGUACACCAAUCUUGUGACUGGAUGGCAGUAUCGAUAUUUUGUGCUCAAUAAUGAGGCAGGGCUGCUGGAAUAUUUUGUGAAUGAGCAGUCCAGGAAUCAGAAGCCAAGAGGCUCACUGCCAUUAGCUGGUGCUGUGAUUUCCCCCAGCGAUGAAGAUUCACACACCUUCACUGUCAAUGCCAUCAGCGGAGAACAAUACAAACUUAGAGCCUCAGAUGCAAAGGAGCGACAGCACUGGGUCAGCCGACUGCAGAUCUGUGCGCAGCACCACACGGAGGCAAUGGGCAAAACAAACCCACCGCUCCAGACUCGUAGUCUCUCCAUGGCGUCUCAGGGCAGUGGCAGCUCUCCAGGAUCUCAACACCGGAUCAACCAGAACUCGAACGCCCUGUUGGGCCUGUCCCAACUGCAGCGUGGCUCGUCUCUGUACUCCAGCAGGAAGUCGCUACUGCCUGAUCACUUACUGGAGGCCAGAGAGAUGAUGGUCCAGGCUCAGGGUCAGCACAGAGACUUGAUCCAGAGUAUUGAGGGUCUGCCCUCCUCCCAGGGUCCCUCUCCCUUGGACCAAGACUUGCUGCUGCUGAAAGCUACUUCUUUGGCCACCAUGACCUGCCUCAGCGACUGCCUGCAUAUCCUGCAGCUCCAACAAGUGGCUCGGCAGAAAAUUCCUCUCGGUGGCUCUGCACUCGAGUGGCUGGAGCCAAAACUUCCUGACAUCCUGAAGAAUGGAGGAACGCUACCCAGCAUCACCAAAGAUGACGGUAAAACAGAGGGAACUGUUCUGGAACCGUUAGAAAUGGACUCUUGUGAUAUCGCUGGGGAGCAGGAGGAGAUUGAUGCCACACAGGAGGUAGAUGAUUCCACCCCGGCCGAGGAGGAGGAUCUGGGUGCUGUCGAAGAGGAGCGCAGUGUCAUUCUGCACCUCCUCUCUCAGCUCAAACUGGGCAUGGACCUCACCAGGGUGGUCCUACCUACUUUCAUUCUGGAGAAGCGCUCCCUGUUGGAAAUGUAUGCAGACUUCAUGUCCCAUCCGGACCUUUUCGUGGCCAUCACCGAUGGCUCCAGCCCGAUGGACCGCAUGGUCCGAUUUGUGGAAUAUUACCUCACUUCCUUCCACGAAGGUCGCAAAGGUGCCAUUGCCAAGAAGCCCUACAACCCCAUCAUCGGAGAGACCUUCCACUGCUCUUGGAAAGUACCCAAAGCGUUAACGCCUCCAUCAGCGGUCCCGAAAGAGGGGACCUUGUGUGCGUCAGACUGCUAUAAUGUCCGCUUUGUGGCUGAGCAGGUUUCCCAUCAUCCACCUGUGUCAGGCUUCUAUGCAGAAUGCCAGGAGAGACAGAUGUGCGUCAACACCCACGUGUGGACCAAGAGCAAGUUCAUGGGCAUGUCCAUUGGCGUCUCUAUGAUUGGAGAAGGUAAUCUACACCUAUUGGAGCAUGGUGAAGAAUACACUUUCAGUCUGCCCUCUGCUUACGCCCGCUCUAUCCUCACUGUGCCCUGGGUGGAACUGGGAGGAAAGGUCAAUGUCAACUGCGCCAAGACAGGCUACUCUGCAGUCAUCACCUUCCAGACAAAGCCUUUCUAUGGGGGCAAGCUGCACAGAGUGAACGCGGAGGUCAAACACAACCCCACCAACUCUGUGGUGUGCCGCGUGCAGGGCGAGUGGAACGGCAUGCUGGAGUUUGCCUACACUAAUGGGGAGACACGUGUCGUAGACGUUACCAAACUCCCAGUCACCAGAAAAAGAGUGCGACCCAAUGAGCUGCAAGGACCCUACGAAUCCAGGCGACUGUGGCAGCAUGUGACAGAGUCUUUGAAGGAAAGGGAUAUGGAUAAAGCCACGGAACACAAGCGCUUCCUGGAGGAAAGGCAGAGGAAAGAGGAGAGGCAUCGUGUAGAGACACAGACAGCAUGGAGGACCAAAUACUUUGAACGCAAAGGUGAAGGCUGGAUGUAUUACCAACCACUGUGGAAAACGGCAGGCCAUAGCUCUUCCCCAGUGGCCCCUCCACAAAACCCAUGACCUCUGACCUUUGAAGACCUGAGUCCAGGCAUUGUACAGCCUCCUGCUGCAGUAAACCUCUGGUCCGGUGUUCCCUCUCUCACAGAUGAAGACAUACACUCUCCUUUAUUUGAUUCCUGAGACAUAACUUCAGUUUGAGUGUUUGUAACACGCUUUGUGGACUUGCGGGUUUGCACUCUGAUGUUCAUAUUUUGCAUCCCUCGGUGGUAAGAUUUUUUUGUAGAACAACACAGUGAAUGAUUUCUUCAGUCCGCACACAGAUGUUUUUUGUUGAUGUUGCCUUAACGAGUGUCGUAUGUAACGAGGGCUGAGUACAGUGUGACGGCUCUUAAAGUGGGAUUGUGUUUGAGGUGAACUUCUUAAUCUAACCAUACUGUGGUAUAUUGUAUUUGACCACGGUGCGGUCUAAGUUUUCUGAUUCUUUUAAAAUCGUACUGACUUAUCAUGAUUUAUAUGAUAUCAAAUGAUGAAAUGCAGGUUUGGGGAGCUCGUUCAAAAGGGCAGGCGUCUAGCUGCUUUGAAAACUGGAGAGAUGCAAGAAGUGUUGGUGAGAGUGAAACCGUUGGCUUGGCUUUCGUAUUACGCUGUCUUUUUCUCGUUCUCGCUCUGUCAAAUGAAACUUGCAAGCGCUAUACACAAAAUCUGGGCCUGAUGGAAGUGUUCGGGUUGAGGCCCGCUCUUCUGUUUCUGCUUGAUGUUCAGUGAACAAUUACGUUGGCUUUAGUGCAGAGAGAUUGUAAAGGGAUAUUCAACCCCUCACAUUUACUCACCCUCAUGGCAUUUAAAAUCUUCUAUGGAACAUGAAGAUAUUUUUAAAAAUAUGCUACAUACAAUGAAAGCCAAUGGGGUCCAAAGUAGAAAAUACAGGUUUAUAAUGACGUAAGGGUGAAUAAAUAUAACCGAAUGUUCAUUUUUGGGUGAACUAUCCUUUUAAUGUUUAUGUUGAGCACUUUAACAGUUGAAACCUAGAAAAGAGCCAGCCUUAUAAUCUCUAUAUGCACAGUAAUGUGUGUAAAUGCAACCUGAUUAUACAGUAUUAUUGGAGAUACAGUAAGCUCUGUCAAAAGACAAGACACCAAUCUGAUCUGUCAAAGUUAUGCAGUUUAAUUUCAUGACUUCAGACUGCUACGUUCCACUUCGAUUCUACCUCGAUUGACAUUGGUAACAUGGAUUUUAUAAAGGGUUAAUUACUCAAAAAUGAUUUUUUUUUUUUGUUUACUCACCCAUAUGUAGUUCUAUGUAGUCCAUAUAACUUGUGCACUACAUUACACGUUUUCUAAAGUCAUGCAAUGCUUUUAAAUGUAAAUCUAAAUAACAGACAGAAUUUAAACUAAAUUUAAUAUCAUUUGCUCUCUUCAGUUGCUCUGUAUUCAGUCCUUCUACUGGUUUAGUGGUCAAGACCAGUCUGGUUUUAAAGGGAUUUCAGCUGGUCGGACUGUAAGACCAGCUAAGACUGCCAAACUAGGUUAGGCUGAUUUUCAACAGGCUAUCAGAUGGUUUCAGAGGAUGUAUGCAAGUUUUAUAGAGCACUUUUAUGAUGUUUUAUGGAGUUCUAAGUCACAAUUCACUAUGCUUGCAUGGAAAAGAGCAGCUUGGACAUUCUGCCUGAUAUCUCCUUUUGUAUUGGGCUUUGGAACAACAUGAGGGUGAGCAAAUGCAGAAUAUUCAUUUUUGAGCAAACAGUUCCUUUAAUCACAAUCUGAUGUGUUAAUAUCACCUGUUCUUUGCUAAUGGUUCAGGUUUUUAGUUAGCUGGUCAUUUUUUUUUUUUUUUUUUUUUUGUAGGAGUUUUAACCAUGUCAAAUUUGAGGUUUCUUGAAAUGCUUCAUUGUUCAGUUUGCCAGCGGGGAACAGUUGGAGUGACAGUGCUGGCUGAAGUGUUUGCAUCUCUCAUAUAAUCUCUGCUUCAGCCCUGGCAUUGGUUGCGCUGAGAAACUUGUGGUGCCUUAUUUGUGUUAGUCUUCCUCCUGUUCCGCCUCACAGCCGUCAGCUUUCUCAUCAAAACCAAGUGAGACUGAAGCCACAGCCUUUGUACAUAUCUUCUUUCAUUUUUCCUGUCAGCGAAAUACAGAAUUCCCACGAAGCGUUUGGUACAUCAGCUGUGCUCUCCACUCCAGUCAUUCUGCUGAGCCAUCAACUGCACUGAUGUUUUAAAUACACUCCCUGUAGCCUCAGAAAAUAUGAUUGAGAAAAUAAAAUUGUUAAUAUAUUGGAGGAUUUCAACUA